AAUUCCACAAUUUGGUAUUUGUCAAUUUUCUUUUUUCUUUUUUGAGAAUUUUACAAUGAACUGGGUUGCCAUUAGCUCCUGGUUGAGAAGCCAUGUAACCUUGAAAACUUUGUACCUUCUGCUUCUGGGUCAGCUAGUUUCUUUUGUUCUUGCACUUAUGAGUUUCACUUCUUCUUUAAUUGCGGAGCUUGGUGUUGAUGCGCCUAUUACUCAGACAAGCUUCAAUUAUCUCCUCUUAGCUUUGGUUUAUGGUGGUAUAUUGCUUUAUAGACGUCAAACACCACUGGUUGCUUGGUAUUGGUAUCUAAUCUUAGGCUUUGUUGAUGUUCAAGGAAAUUAUCUUGUUAAUAAAGCAUUCCAGUUCUCAUCAAUUACCAGUGUGACACUGUUGGACUGCUGGACAAUAGCAUGGGCAAUAAUCCUCACUUGGUUCUUCCUUGGCACGCGAUAUUCUAUAUGGCAGUUAUUUGGUGCAGUCCUCUGUGUGCUGGGCCUUGGCUUGGUGCUACUUUCUGAUGCUGGGGUGGGUGGUGGAGGCGGUUCAAGACCUCUCCUGGGUGAUAUUCUUGUCGUUGCUGGGACACUUUUCUUUGCCAUGAGCAAUGUUGGUGAGGAAUUUUUUGUGAAGAAAAAGGAUCGUGUUGAAGUUGUCUGCAUGAUUGGUGUUUAUGGACUGCUAGUGAGCGUGAUUCAGUUAUCAAUUCUGGAGCUUAAGAGUCUAGAAUCAGUCAAGUGGUCAACAGAUAUUAUGUUGGGUUUUGUGGGCUAUACAAUCUCGAGCUUUAUGUUCUACACACUUGCUCCUUUUGUUCUAAAGUUGAGCGGAGCUGCAAUGUUCAACCUCUCAUUGCUAACAUCUGAUAUGUGGGCAGUUGUCUUUCGUAUAUUUAUCUACCAGCAACAGGUUGAUUGGUUAUACUAUAUUGCUUUUGCGAUUGUGGUUGUUGGACUCGUCAUUUAUUCAACAACUGAUAAGGAUCCCGUUCCUAUACCAGCUCUUGAAAAUGGAAGCCACAAUGUGCAAUAUCAGAUGCUUGAUGGUGAAAAUGUGGCAUCAAGAGAUGAAUUAUCAGGAUAGUCUGUCAAGUUUUUAUUCAACAUGCAGACAAAAGAGCUUUUAUACUUUAUGUUUUAUUGUUUCACCUCGAAUAUUUAUCUGUGUUUUAAAAACCGGACCGGACCGGCCUGUCCGACAGGGACCUGGCAGCUUCUCCGGUCUGGUUUAGGUCUUUGAGGGUUUUUGUAAUAUUUCAAAAUUAUAAGGGUUAAUUUGUAAUUUUAUAGGGGUGUUUUGGAGAUA